AUGUAAGACGAAAAUUAAGUAAACCAGAUGGAAGAAGAAGGAAUUAGUAAAUGCGAAGGCUAUUAUAUAAUUAAAUAUCUAGGUCAUGGAGCUUCUGCAGUGUAUAAAAUUGAUUAUAAGUCAUAAGUGUUAAAUUGGGACAAAAAGGUCAUGAAUAAGUAGCCAUUAAGCUCUUGAAGGUCAAAAAUGAAUAAGAAAGGCCACAAAAAAUAUAAAAACUAUAAUAAGAGGUUUAAAUUUUAGAACAACUUAAUAACCAUAACUAUGAUGGAAUUGUAUAACUUAAAUAUUUUAGUGAUAAUCUUACCUACAUAGUAAUUAAAUUCUUAUAAUUAGAAAAAAAAUGGAUAAAUUGUUAAUAAAAUUGGUAUGAUCUUAGAAUUUGGAGAAAAAGGUAGUAUGAAUUCGUAUUUGCUAACACUUAAAAGAUUUAACGAACAAGCUUCAAGAUUUUAUUUUCGUUAAUUGAUGACAGCUUUAGUUUAUAUGAAAGGUCUUAACAUUUGCCAUUUGGAUUUAAAACCAGAUAAUAUUUUGUUUGACUCAGAUUUUAAUUUGAAAAUUGCAGAUUUUGGAUUUUCUAAAUAAGCAAAUGGCUUGAUAAACGACUUCUUUGGAGGAACUAAAAGUAUAUUUACAAUUUAAAAUUUUAGAUUAUAUGGCACCUGAACUUUGGGAUAGAAUAGCCUAUGAUGGAUCAAAAGUUGAUGUUUUUGCUGCUGCAUAAAUAUUAUUUACAAUGAUAACUGGUUGUUUUGCUUUUAGCUAUUGUCAAGAAUAACUAUAUAAUCUAAUUUAAUAGAAUGAUUAUGCCUAAUUUUGGAAUAUUUAAAAUAAAUAACAUUAAACACUAUUUCCAUAAGGAUUUCCAGAUGAUUUUAAGUAUUUUAUAUUGUUCUAUAUUUUAAGAGAUCUNAUUAAUAUUUAUUAAUUUAUUAUAUGA